AUGUUCUGCGAGAGGUUUUCCCCAUUAUCUAUAGAAACCUACAUGUUUAAGUAUGACAAUGUCCAUGGGCAAUGGAAGCACCACGACAUCAAGAUCAAGGACUCUAACACCCUUCUCUUUGGUGAGAAGCAAGUUGCUGUAUUUGGUUGCAGGAACCCAGAGGAGAUCCCAUGGGGCAAGGCUUGUGCAGAUUUUGUUGUGGAGUCAACUGGUGUCUUCACUGACAAGGACAAGGCUGCUGCUUAUUUGAAGGGUGGUGCCAAGAAAGUUAUCAUCUCUGCACCAAGCAAAGAUGCACCAAUGUUUGUGAUGGGAGUGAACCAUAAGUCAUACACACCAGACCUUAACAUUGUCUCCAACGCUAGCUGCACAACCAACUGCCUAGCUCCUCUUGCCAAGGUUAGUGCUAAUCAAAUACAAUUGAUUGUUAAUCCAUGCUUCAGUUCUAAGUGUGGUGUUUUAUCAUGA